AGGGGGGGUGAGACAGAGAGAGGAACAGACAGGACCAGACGGACGUCCGUUUGCAGUUUAGUCGCCGGUCACUCAGCUGAAAACACGGAACCAUUAAACCUGAUUGCUAACGGAUGGAACCGGACAUUUAAACUAGGCUUAAUUAACUGCAUUUAGCUACGUUCAAACUACAUUUACCCUGCUGUACCGACACUUCUACGGUACGCCAAUAGAUAGAUAGAUAGAUAGAUAGCGGAGGAAGAGGAGGAGAAACCGGAGAAGCGAGGAGGAGGAGAGAACCGAGACAGAAGGAGGACGGACGGACCGGAGGGGAAGGAGAGGAGGCUGGAGAGAAAAGGGAAGAUUUUUUUGGGGGGGGGAGAGUUUGGCGUGGUGGUUUUUUGGUCUCCUCUCCUUCUUCCGAUCGCUUUCUCUUCUCCAGCCCUUCCCCGCUUUCCUCGUCAGGAGUACUUAUGUCUGGUUUCAGGAGGCUUUAAAUGUUGAACUUGAUGGGUGUUUUAAACGCCACAGCCACCAAUGUCUCCUGUACUUGUAACUGCAAGCGCUACACCUCCCUCCAGAGCAUGGAAAUCACCCAGCUGGAGUUCAUCCAGAUCCUGGUGAUCGUUGUAGUGAUGAUGGUGAUGGUGGUGGUCAUUACCUGCCUGCUGAACCACUACCGCCUAUCAGCACGCUCCCUCCUCUCCAGACAUGCCCCCACACGCCGGAGACACCUUCCAUUGGCCAACGAGGGCGGUCUGUGGUCUUCUGAGGGCACCGGGACAAACAGUGGUUUGAAUGAGCACCAGGUGUAUAACCCACGUCCUCCAGACAGAGGGGUCCCCUCGUCCUACCUACAGCGGGAGCCUCAGCACGCCCAGUCCCAGCCCCCUCUCCAGUCCCAGCGCUUCCAGCACACAUAUGCCCCGAGUCGCUUCCAGCCGACAUAUCCCUAUCUGCCCCAGAGCCUCAUCGAUCUUCCCCCCACUAUCUGUCUCUCAGACGGGGAGGAGCCACCGCCAUACCAGGGCCCCUGCACCCUGCAGCUUCGAGACCCGGAGCAACAGAUGGAGCUGAACCGCGAGUCGGUCAGAGCACCGCCCAACCGAACAGUGUUUGACUCCCACCCCCUCGACCCGUCCAGCUCCUGUUUGCAGGCUAGUCUGCAGGCCCCUCCUCCGAGUGUCCAUCCAGGCCUCAGUGUGCUAGAAGCCCAGGAGUCCUUGUCCCGGCAGCAGAAGCAGGGCUCUCGAGUAGAAGGAGCUCCACCAGCAUACAGUGAGGUGAUUGGGCACUACUACCACCCGACAUCCUUGACCCCCGGCCACAACCAUCGGACUGUAUCGUCCUCACAAACACCCCCGUCCUCGUUUAUACACGGUUUGCUCCGACCUCCAUCUCAGCAGCAAGGAAGUGUGGACAACAGGAAUGCGAGGAAUUCGAAGGAGAAAUCCCAGAAGCCCCAACAGGUGUGACAGUACUGAUUCAUUAUUAUUAGCCUGCAGGAAAACCAGGAUUAUAUCUGCUCGCCACUUGGGAAAUGGUCAGUAAAAAUGAUGAACAAACUGGUCAAUGGUAAAAUCCACUCUGAAAGGUUUAAGUGCUGGUUCAUGUUGGUUGUAAUUGUUGCUGGCAUUUGGUCAGUUUCAGUUUCCCCACUUCAUGGAUUGCGCCGGGACUGGGAAGCAGCAUACGCUGGCUUCUCGUUAGGUAAGAACACCUGCACAUUUGCAGGAGAAAAUCUGGUACUUCCUGCUCCACAGCUUCUUACUUCCUGUUUGAGGAGCACUUCAGAUGAACCGAUGAUGAUGUCAGAGAAGAAGGGCUGAAGGUGGAAAGGGAAGGAUGGAGACAGAAGCCUCCUUCUUCCCUCCAGAUCACCCCUCCUCUAGACUGAUCUAACUAGUCUCCAUUCAUUAUAAAUAUUUACAUGUUCUGUUUGUUUCUAUAGAACUUUUUAUGUCUUUGUUUGUCUUUUUCGCACUUGCAGAAGAAAUUCUAUCCAGGCAAAUGGCGAAAUGUUGCAAUCUUCUUGGUUCUUCCAGGUUUUGUUUUCUAGUGAUAAUCCCCCUCGCUGCUUCAACUCCAUUUAGUUCUGUUUCACGUUCAAGACUGCACAAUCCAGCGUUGGUAGUGACUCCUGCACGAGGCUUUAGCUGUUUCACUGGGACCUGUUAGCACAUUAGGAUAUUUCCAGAAAGAUCCAAGUAUAGUUAGUGUUAUCUAGCUUACCACUUGUAGCACAGUGCUAGUCCUCGAGCUAAACGUUCUGCCUUAUAUCGACCAACCGGUGCAGGAGUUGUUGCUAAAAUCCUUUUUUCAGUCUAGUUUAGUUUUAGCCUUUUUAACUUUAUUUUUUCUAAGGAAGGUUUGCACAAAGUUUUUGACUGUUCACCACAGAAAAAGAAAAAAAAUCUGCAAUAUGAUUGACAAGAGAGAAAACAGAAAGUAGGGAUAUUUUUCUAAACUUGAUAGAUUUGUUUGAGUAAAAAUGUUUUUUUUUUCUGUUUUUAUAUGUUGUCUAGUUUUAGAAAAAGAAACAAACAUCAGUAAUCUGUUGGGGUGCCAACUUUCACAUUGAACAUUUUGCUACAUACAUGUUGGCAUGUAUAUACAUUACAUAUUGAGUAUAUAUACACACAUGUAUGCAAACCGAGAGCGAACUUAAAAAGCACGAAUUUAGAGUUAUUUAUAUAAUUGCUGAAAAGAAUUGCACUAUGUUUUAGGAUGCGCAGAUGGAACAUGUGAGAGAGACUUUUUGUUGUGAAGGAGCUCUGUCUAUUGAGGCAUAGGUAUAACGAGAGAGACCUGAAACCACAGGGACUUACCAGAGGGUCGGGCCAGCUCAGUGCACAGCAUCCAGUAUCCCGAUAACACAUCAAGGGGAGAUUCUGACUUUUGUUCAAUGGACUCGGAUCAACCAUUAUUGUACCAUUGAUAAAAAAUUAUAAAUCCCUUGUUUAUGCAAAUGUCUGAGUCCUGUAAGCCAACCACAAGUCAGCAUUCAACCUGUAGGCCCAAUCAGAAACUCUGCUUGUAGUGCUCUCUCACUCUCUCAUCCUAUUGGCCGAAUCAUUAGCCAAUCCCAAAGCUGGCAGUCCUUACCUCGACCAAACAAGCCAAGCACAUACGAGUUUGCUCACGUUAAUCAGACUUUGUCGCAUUGAACAAAUGUCUGAACUAAUCAAGACAAUGUGUAAUGUAACAGUAGAGUAGAGUGAAGUAGAGUAGGAUGUAACAGAGUUUUCUUUCCUGCUGUGUGUUAUUUUAUUUGAAUGUCAGAGAGAGAGAGAGAGAGAGAAACAAUGCAGAUCCAGUGACACCUAACAUCCCCUUUGUAGAGCACUACUCAGGCAGGAAACCAGGUCGCCCUACAGGCCCUGAAUAAGGGACACACUGACUGUGCACUGCUUUGGCCUCACACGCCAACACAUGCAGAUGGUAGAGCAACAUUUGUGGUCACACACAGCAAAUUUCUUUUAAAAUUGCGUUUCUUCUCACUUCCCAACACACAUAUACACACACACACACACACACACACACACACAGCCCCCCUCUGGCAAUCAUCCCUCUCUCUGCAGGCAUCUCUGAGCACUUUACUGCACCAGGAAAGAGACAACAAUCGUCUGUCAGCCAGCGCCGGCCUUGGCUCACCGCCACACGAAAAAAAACUUAAAAACUACGGUAGAAUCCUUUUAUAUUCUAGGUUAGAUUCCCCACCCUUUAGGGCCACACUUUUAAAAGAUGCAAAGAGAUGUGCUCCAAAACUUUAAAUAUUCUUCAAGUGGAAAACAAAUCAAAACCGCACUACGUGGACUCGUUGAUUUAUCGUUCUGAAUUCUAUAUGAUCUGUAAAUGUCAUGACUAGGGCUGGGUAUCGUUUUAAAUUUAGAGUUUCAGUAUCAGUACCAAAAUUUGAGAAAUAUACAUGUAUUUUUAUACAAAACCCUUCUUAGACAAAUCCCUUUUAGUUUAUGAAAUGUUCAAUAGUUUUUACACAAGCAGCAGUUUAAGAAUAUUGGCUAAAUAAAAAACAAUCUAAAAUUGACAAAACUUACCAAAAAACAAAUGAACUUGUGUCCUUUUAAAAGUUUUUUUUUUUUUUUUUUUUUAAACCAUAGUGGAUAUUUCUGUUUUGGAGCAGAACUCUUUGUGCGAUGAAUGCAGCACAAGAUGGGUUGUUGCAAACUAGACACGUUGAAGUGUUGAAAAGUGACACGAGUGUUAAUAGCAACUCGUCUUUUGUCAUCUUUUAAUGAGUGUAGAAAUAAAGGAAAAACUAGUGUCCUCAAGUAGAAUAUUAGAAUAUGUAGAUGUUUGUAUUUUUGUCUUUUAAGUUGCUGCUUGUAUGAAAAGUGUUCAGUGUGACCUCCACUCUUUUGUUAUGAAUUUAUAUUGAGGGUAUCACAGGUUGGCCCAAAUGAAGCUAGUGCCCUUAAGGGUCCAGUCUUUAUGCAACAGCGCCCUCCACAGGGACUGAACCAAAUUUCCUGAAGCUGAGUCAGCUGAGGAGAGGAGAGAGUCAAAUGGCCAAAAAAAAUCAUUUUAUAAUCCUCAUAUUCUAUGUCUUUUCUUUCCCUCUCAAAUGAAUCGCAGGUGUUUCGGAGCUAAUCAUCUGUUUUCUGAAAGAUAAAUCCCUGGUGAUCUUGGAAAAGACCAGAAGGUCCUUUAAGAACAUGUGCCAGUGUUUUGAAGUUAUUUCCAGAAUUCUUAAAAAGUCAUCUAACCAUCUGGAUAAAAAAAUGUUUAGUCCGCUGUACAAUAAAUUAUUUUUAACUUGUUUUCCAUGUUGCGACUCUGUUUCCUAAUCCAAACAAAGAUGGUAACCAGAAGUGACAGUUAAAAAUCUUUUCUAUUAUGCAGCAGACAAAAUCAUUUUUAUGAGGAGUCUUUGAGGAUUCUGGAAAUACGGUAUCUUCAAAACAGAGUGGCAAGUGGCAACGACCAUCUGGGAUUUUUAAAGGAAAACAGAUGCUUAGACUGAGUGUAUUCUAAACAGCAAUGAACCUCUACAUUUUUUGGGGGGGUAUUUAGAAAAACAGGCUCUUCCUCAGAUGAACAGUGGAAAUUUUCUGUUUCUCUGCGAUACAAAAAAGACAAAAAGGUGAAAAAUAAUCAAAAUAAUUUAUUUGCGGUUCACCUUCCCUUUGUCUUGUUUACUGUCUCUCUUUCUUCUUUGUUCAUGAGCUGCACUGUCAUUUUAAUUAAAUACAUAUUAAGAAAAACAACAUAUAAAGAAAUUAACACUUGACCCAAAGCAGCUAAAGAAGUGAUGAGUGGAUCAAUCAAAGUAUGAAUCACCUUUGACCUCAGAAUGAGAUUAUAAGUCCUAUUGACCUUCCCUUCGCUUCCCUUUCCUGGACUGUUUCCUUUUUGAAAUGGUUUGGUUCCCUGCAAUGGAGGGUUUGCAGCGGGUAUGAAAAGGCUGGACAGGCUUUGAUCAGGGCGUCACAGUAAAAAAUGAGAUCAAUGUAGGAUCAAUCUUUACUUCAGGGAAACCUGCGCUGGCUGACAAUACAAAAAAAGACAGGAGGAGAGGAGGAAAAACUCCUUCUGAGGCUCAAAUCACACAUUUCCUCACACAGGUGAAAUCAUUUUACUAGCGCUGCUGAUAACCACAUUACCCACACAUUCACACUGGUAUGUUUACAUGCAGAGAGGUGAACACAGUUGUAGUUAUUCACCAGCUUUCAUUGACCUUCUGCUUUUCUGCAACCCUUCAGUUUUCUAUAAAUUUUUGUAGUGGCUCCAGAAAGCUAUGACAGACAAUUUAAACCAAUGUCAACCAGCUACCUAAUUAGUGUUUUCUUUCAAAAUUCAAAUCCUGGGAACCACUGUUCACAGGAUAGAUUUUCUUGAUACAUAAUCACAUGCCCCUAUGUUGAAGUUAAUAUAUUCACAAAUGAAAGCAAUCAGGACUGUCUGCUAAAAUGUGUCCAAGCCAGUAAUAGUUUCUGUUUGAAGUGGUCACACAUAUCUCUCUGCUUUAAGCCAGUGUUACAGCAGAGUGUUUUUGUAAAGUCAGCGGACAAUGUCUUUUCCCAGAGUUUGUGUGUGUGUGUGUGAGAGAGAGAGAGAGAGAGAGAGAGAGAGAAAGAGCUGUUAAUGUACUCUGACUUGCCCUGGGAAAGACCUCCAGCUGUCUAGACAAAAACUAAACACACACACACACACACACAGAGCAGACUAAACAAACUAAAUUAAGAACUAGACCUUCCACACACACAGGUGCACUUUCAUUCCUCGACAUACAUUUUUUUUCUUAUUGUGGACCACACAAGAUAGCAAAAAUAACAAUCACACACACACACACACACACACACACACACACACACCUGGAUUGCCUCAAGAGUUACCUCCCCCUUCCUUCUUCUUCCUGUCUGACCGAGUUCUUCCUGUUCCCUAGAGAUGCCUGCUGUGCAAUGACAGAGCUCCUCUCAGACUGGCCCUAGCUGGCAUUGGCUGGCUGUCUUUCGCUCUCCUUUUGAAACGUUCGUUGUUUAUUGUGGUUGCUAUGUCGUACAAGUGUGCCUGCCUAUGCUGAGAAGGGCAAAAUGUGAGCGGUUAGUUUGGGCUGUCAAUCAUCCCAGGCCACGCCUUCUUACUGUCUCAGAUGAUGAUGAUGAUUGGAUGAUGAUUGAGGAUGAUGAAGAUAGAUGUUUUUGAUAGUGAUGCCGCAGAGAGCGUUGCAAUACACCUACUAUUUGCCUUUUUGAUAAUAUUAGUCAUAUUUUAGCGUAGUGUGCUAAAUGUACGUUGUUUUUUUUGUUGUUGUUGUUAUUAUUGUUGUUUAUUCACUUGAGAACAAAAAAGGUCAUUUUACUUCAAUCCAUCCAACUUUUUUCUUUUUUUCAUUUGUAAAACCAACUUUGAGAGUGUAAAACUACUUAACACACAAAAUCUGCAGAUCUCUGGGAGGAUGUGUAAAUACAAGAAAAUGUACUUAAGCUUUUAAGUGCCCUUUCCAGUUUAAAGAGCAAACGGUGCGAUUUGUCACGGGGUGAAAAAGAUGAAUCCCCCACAUUUUUACAUUCUUCAUUUGAGAACAGUUUAUUUUUAAGAUAGUCUUGUGCACCUCAUUCAGGUCUGAGGUCGUUUUUAAGCACAUUUUGCUCACGCACUUACACGUUCAAGUAUACUUCUUUGUGCAUGUAAACAUCAAGUCCUGGUAAACCAAUUUGCCCACUACAUUCUUAAACAUGACCUCUGCUCGCCCGGCCCAGCGUCUACAUGUGUGCCUUCUGGCGUCCGGGUUCAACAAAGACUUCUGUCUGCCUGUAAGACACGUUAUAGUGCAAUGAACCCCUCAGCUACAUCAAUGCUGUUGCCUUGUGACACUUAUCAGAAAGCAUUGCAGUAUCUAUAAAAUAUUCGGCCAUGAUGUUUGGAUGCACAUACACUGCAGGAAAAGGAAAAAAAUUGAUUAAAUGUGAGGAAUGACAAAAACAGUUCACAGAAAUUGAAAGUUUAUUUUUUAAUGAAUUAACUUUUAGUCUCAAUCUUUAAGUCAACAAGGAUGAUAAGUCCUUAAUGCACCCAGAAGAAAAUGUAAAUGUGAACAUCCACUACAAACGCCAUCCUCUGAAGAAGAUUGUGUGAUACAUUUAAAGCUCCAGGGCACCUACUGAGUGGUCCCUCAAAAAUAUUUAAUAUGAUGCUACGUCUUGUCAUUUUAGGUAUUUUUACUUAAAUCAGUCUUACUUUUCAUCAUUUUUUCCCCUUUUCCUAGCAAAUAUGUGCUUCCAUAAUAAUGGGUAUAUAGAUGGUGAAUGUUACAACAUAUAAAUUUUGCUCACUAGUUAGCCUACUCAUGCUGCAUUCCCGAGAUGUCGGAAAAUCUGAAAUUUCGUUAACAUCUAGAAUAUCCGCUAAAGUUGUAUUUUUAGCAUAGCAUGAACUUCAUAUCAUACAAUCUUACUUUUUAAACUUAAGUUUAAUGUGACAAGAAACUUUGACCUAAUAAUUUAAUGGAAUGCAACAGUGGAGCCAACAUGGCUGCCAGGGAAAUGAACAAACAUGGUUUUUCAGCUACACUACAGCCCAGUUUUCUGUCCACAGCAUCAUUAAAGACUGAAGAUUAAAGAUUUCCAAAGAAAGAAUCAUCCUAAACGAGACUCUUGUCACUGAAAAACAAGACAAGUGUUACACCUGACUUGAACUUUUUCAUUUUUUAUUAUCUUUGGGCAAACACUUUACUUUACAAAUUCCUUUUCGCAGAUCCUGUAACACUGUCCUUCACCUGUAGACAAGUAUUUUUGGUACACAAUAACAUUAACGAGUACUUGUUUGAAAGAAGAUCUUGAAGAAGAAUAACUCAUUAAGAAAUUAUACCAUUAGUACUUGUAGCAGACUGGAGGAAGGCAAAAUGUAAAACAAACUGUUUUCCCCUUUUGUGUUUUUGCUCAUUCUGCAUCGUUGUGUUCUUUACUGCUCACCCUGCUCUUUGAAUCAGCGCAGCAUGGCGCCUUUCCUCUGACAAUGAUGAAGAAAAUAUAAGUAAACACUCUUUUGGUUGCAGUGUGCAUAUUCAACAAAUCAUUCAUAUCUUACAGGACAGCGUUCUGAUGCUCGUCCACCGCGGUGACUAUUGUAGAACUCUUCCACUUGUUGUUAAGUUUUAUCCUGCAAGCAUGUUAAAUGUGGGACUUGUACAAUAGAUCAGUUUAUUCUGGUCAGGAUUCCUACAUGCAGCUGGUCUACACUUUUGAGAAAACUAUGAUAAAAGGCUGUGGUUGUGUACAGAAAAAUAUAACACACAAACAAUGAUCAGGUUUUGGAAGAUCUGUGAAAUCUUUACAUUCAGUCAAGACCAGAUGUCAGAUAAAAUAUGUAGGAACCCUGGUCUGUUUAUGUAGAAAAACGUUGAGUUCCCAUUUAAAAUCCAGUCUGUUAUCUGUCACAGCAUGGCUCACAUACUUAUAUAGAGGCCUACUUAUUCUCAAUGAUAAUAAUUGCUUAUUUGUGUAUUAAAACUGUUUAUUUAAAUUUAUAUUGGAUGGUCUACGUGUUGCAAGGUUUGUUAUGUUGUUUUUUUCUUCUCUGUUUGUUACAAACAGAAGACAAUGGUUCGUUGUUGUCACAGAACAUGGUAUGAAUCGGACACAUUUCAGUUAGCCUACUACGAUUUAAAAAAUGAAUAAAAAAGUUUUAUAAAUAUG